AAGUGGGUAGUCUCAUGCCAUGCCAUCCUUUCCUUAUCUUAUGUAGACGGUACCGACUACCUAAUUUCAUUAUUCCAUGGGAUAAAAUCUUAAAUCAAAGGCACUUCAUUAGUGGAAGAUUUAGAGUCAGAAUGCAAGGAAUGUGUUAUGAUGGGAAACGAAACUCACAACCUAAUAUUUUUCAUUUUUUGUUAUCAAUAUAUUUUGUUCAACUUCCAUUUAUAAUUGUAGAUCUUUUCUUGCUUUCAAUCAUUAUUGCGCGGUGUCAUACAAAACAGUUCAGUUCUUCAUUUCAUUUCCAUUCACACAUAUUACGAAGUAUAUGAAAUCAGAUACAAACUAACGGAUUGACAAUUCAACUAUGGAAAUGAGGGAUCCCCUUCAUUCCAAAAGGUAUAAGGUAUUUGCUUUUUUGCUACCAAAAAAACAGAUUCAUAUGUGUUUGUCGCGGUGAAAAUCACCUCUAAAGAGGCCUCGAACAUACUGAAACGGGGAAACCCGAAAGUUAUGCCCACACGCAAACAAACGAUAUCACACUCACACCUACUAGCAGUAAUAAACUCGGCCAGAAAUUAACUGAAAACAUAAGAUUAAUGUGCAGCCACAAUUUUAUUACGAGGUUAUUACAAGGCACACUGCACUGCACAUUUAUGAUUUUAGAAAUCUUUGGGCACUACACAGGGUUUCUUAAAAAGAAUGUAGGUCAUGUAACCGAGAAAUUUGAAAAGCCAAAAAAAAAAGAAGAAAAAAGGCGUUUCGCUACAAGACUAUAUUUUGCCACACCUACCAAAAUUACAGGGGUGGUGCCGAUGGAGAAUAACACACGCAGCACCCCCCCCCCGGAAAAUCUUUGGGGUUCUUCAGCACCCUCAGCACCCCCGCUUCCCAGUGCCAUGACUGUAAACGUUUGCCCAAUAGACGAACUUCCAACUUUGAUCACUCUUUGUUUAAAUAUCUACUGCUUCAUACAGCCACAUCAAUGAAACCACUCCAAACCGACCGAUAUGAUAUGUCAUCGGAAAUAAUGUAAUAGCUUUGAUCGUUCUGGAUUCGAUUUUACCGGUGUGACUGUGGCACAAUAUAAUAGAUUUAUCAAACAAGUUGAUACUUUCAGCAAAAUGGAAGCGUCUCGACAAAACCUCUGGAUCCGGCAAGCAGAAUAGUCAAGAUGUCUUAUAAGGGCACAUAUUUUUAUAAAUUGUAACUAUAAGUGUAACAGUAUCGCAUCAGAUAGCUCAGACCGGGUGCAGAUCAACAUCUGCCCCUCUAUGGGAAGAAAAAUAUUCAUCCAUUAUUGUAAAGAUGGUAUCUCAAGGUCCGAGUGAAACUAAUGUCGACAUUCGAUCGGGCCACGGACGCGCCAACCAAACCCUUUUCAAGGGACAGGACCUUGACAAUGGCCGUGAUGGUCCCGAACAGAGCCUUGAUAUCGGAGAGAGGAGACCGCUAUUGGACGAUACGAAAGAACAAGUUCAAGGACAACUCGAAGGCAGAUGCUACUUUCCAAAGCGUUAUGAAGUUCUCUUCCUUGCUUUCUUGGGCGCUGGCAUGAUGUAUGCGAUGCGCGUCAACGUCAGUGUUACCAUUGCAGUGAUGACGAACGCCACUUUUACAACGCAAGCAGAGGGGCAGAAUCAAACAGUAGAAACAUGCUGGUCUCCAAACAGUACAAACGGAGAUGAAUAUAGCCAGGAUGAGGGGGAGUUCUUAUGGUCUAGUCAUGAACAGGAACUCAUCCUAGCUGGAUUUAACUAUGGGUACACGGUCGCUCAGAUACCUGCAGGCUGGCUGACGGAUAAGAUCGGAGGCACUCGGGUUUUGGGAAUAUCUAUGCUCAUUUCGGCCGUCGUUAGUCUGCUCAGCCCAAUGGCAGCCGAACUGGGCUCCUCGUACUUUCUUGCUGUCAGAGUCAUGUGUGGUAUCGGUGAGGCUGGUACUAACCCAGCGCUGGGCUCCAUGGUUGCACGUUGGUUUCCUCCGCAAGACUUCUCAGCAGCCUUUGCAAUUGCAAUAUCGAGUUCUAAGUUUGGGCCUUUUAUUGGAACUGUAUUGUCUGGUCUUGUGUCCAGUUCAGAUGUGCUUGGUGGAUGGCCGUUGACGUAUUAUAUCUUUGGUGGAUUAACGCUUUUGUUAGUUUUGGUAUGGAUUGUCCGUAUUUACGAGACGCCAGGUCGCCAUCCCAGGAUAUCAGCUAAAGAAAAGCAGUAUCUUUCAUCAACCGUUAUCACUAAGGAGACAGAGAAGAUCACUAUUCCAAUCAUCGCCAUGUUAACGUCUAUUCCUGUUUGGGCCAUGAUCUUGACGUCUUUUGGCGCGUCUUGGACCAAUCAGGUGCUAUUCACGAAUCAACCUAUCUACCUCAAGCAUGUUCAAGGAAUGGAUAUUGAACUGAUUGGUGUCACAGCUGCCAUUCCUCACCUCAUGGAGUUCUUCACUUUGGUACUGAGUGGCAUGAUCAGUAACAGACUCAUAGAUAAAGAUAUCUUGAGUGUGGUAGCUACAAGGAAAUUGCUGACUUUCAUAGGGUUGACUUUGUCUUCGGUGUUUUACCUCCUACUUGCAUUCGUUGGUUGCAACACCGCCCUCUCCGUUCUGUUCAUGGUAGGCGCAGUUGGCUGCAAUGGGAUUUGUAUGUCCGGAUUCUAUGUCAACUUGAUGGACAUAGCUCCCAGACUCGCAGGAAGUCUGAUCGGGCUGGUCAACUCUGCGUCAGCCCUUGCUGGAGGCCUCAGCCCGUACGUCAUCGGUGUUCUUACUCCAAAUCAGUCUGACAUUACAGGUUGGCAAACAGUUUUCUUCAUCUGCGUUGGAAUCAAUUUACUGGCGUGUUUAAUUUUCAUGAUCUUCGGAUCCGGAGACGAGCAGAGUUGGGCCAGGGAAGCCGGAAGGAACAAGCAAGAAAACCUAUGAUUUUUUUUUUCGCUAUUCGGGAUUUCACAACAUAAAUAAUGCCAGAUUGAAACGAAUAAAACUA